AUGACAUCGGCUGAAAAAUCUGCCACUCGCAACAUAUACGACCCGAGUGCCCUUCCAGACUAUGAUACGCAGUUCAUCAAACCAGACGAGCUCCACCAGUUCGAGAAGGCGCUGAACGCCCCUGCGGCCGCUCCUCUCGUCGCCAUCAAUGACUGGCGUCCCAUUAACCAACGAGUGCGGAAGAACCGUCGGACAAAACCGAGACGAAGCAAAGAUGAAACCCGGGAGGGGGUGCUCUACACGGUCCUCAAGUGGCCUUUCCUCUUCAUCGUCUUCGCCUGGAUCACGGUGCUGGGGAUUGCGUAUGCCCUGACGCGCUUGUAUAUCUUCCUGUACGAGCAGUGCGUGACAUGGAGAGGCAAAAGAGAACGGCUUCGAAGGGAACUCUCGGUCCAGACCAAUUACCGAGAUUGGCUGACAGCAGCGCAGGCGCUCGACACUCAUCUCGGGAAUCAGAAAUGGAAGGAAACGGACGAAUACGCAUACUACGACCAUCUUACAAUCAAUAAAGUUGUGGCCCAAUUGAAACAGGCAAGGAAGGCGGCUGAAUCUGAGGUGCAUAAUGGGCGUUCCGGGGUGAGCGAUCUGCCUGCGGUCGAAGACCUCUGUGCCCUCCUGGAGGCUUGCGUGAAGAAUAAUUUUGCCGGUGUGGAGAAUCCCCGGUUAUACAGCGAGUCUUACUCGGGAACGAAGGAUCUGGUGCAGGAGUAUAUCGAUGAAGUCCAAGCUUGCAUGCAGCUCAUUCUAGACAGCAAGCAGAUUCCUGCCGAAGAGAAAUACCAGCACUUCAAGCAUCUCGACACCAACUUUGGUCGUACUGCUCUUUGUCUGUCUGGCGGUGCUACGUUUGCAUACUACCAUUUCGGCGUGAUUAGGGCAUUGCUCGAUAACGAUGUCCUACCGGAGAUCAUCACCGGAACGUCGGGAGGAGCAUUGGUCGCAGCGCUUGUGGCAACGAGGACCGACGAGGAACUGAAACAGCUGCUUGUUCCGGCAUUGGCCUACCGGAUCAGAGCAUGCCAUGAAGGCUUCACAACAUGGGUAUGGCGUUGGUGGCGAACAGGUGCGCGAUUCGAUACAGUUGACUGGGCUCGUCAAUGUAGUUGGUUUUGCAGGGGCUCUACCACGUUCCGAGAAGCGUAUGAACGAACGGGGCGCAUCCUGAAUGUUUCCUGUGUUCCUUCUGAUCCUCAUUCGCCUACGAUUCUCGCCAAUUAUCUGACCUCGCCUGAUUGUGUUAUUUGGAGCGCCGUCCUCGCGUCUGCGGCUGUUCCUGGAAUAUUGAAUCCUGUUGUCCUGAUGACGAAGAAGCGGGACGGGACGCUUGCGCCAUAUUCUUUCGGGCACAAAUGGAAAGAUGGUAGUCUGCGGACGGAUAUACCCAUCAAAGCGCUCAAUCUCCAUUUCAAUGUGAAUUUCACGAUAGUAUCACAGGUCAAUCCACACAUCAAUCUUUUUUUCUUUAGCUCCCGAGGCACUGUCGGACGACCCGUUACCCACAGGAAAGGCCGAGGAUGGCGCGGAGGCUUUCUGGGAUCUGCAAUCGAACAGUACAUCAAAUUGGACAUGAACAAAUGGCUGAGGGUACUACGACACCUGGAGUUAUUACCUCGACCUUUGGGCCAGGAUUGGAGCGAAAUUUGGCUGCAGAAGUUUAGCGGUACUAUUACAAUCUGGCCCAAGAGCAUCCCCUCCGACUUCUACCACAUUCUCUCGGACCCCAGUCCAGAGCGACUGGCGCGCAUGCUGCACGUGGGCAAGCAAAGCGCGUUCCCGAAGAUCCAGUUCAUCAAAAACCGACUCAAGAUCGAGAACACAAUCAUGCAGGGACUGCAGCAAUCCUCCCCUGGCGGAGAUCGGGUACUGUUACCCAUCCUGUCUCGCCGGCUCCAGAACCGUGCUCAAGAACACGCAGACGCCAUGGUCGAGCGCCUCGACCAUAGCUUCCCCGAGCGCCACUCAGACUACAAAGACGAAUCCCACUAUACAGAAGUUUCCGACAGCCUGUCCACCAACUCCUCUCGCCCCCAUACCCCGGACGCACGACGCGGCAGUAUAUUCGAAGAAAUGCGGCGCCAGUCAGCCGUCUUCUUCGACGAUCCGGACAUGUACGGGGACGAAGAUGCGAUAGCAACUUAG